AGUUUCGUUUCGAGCUAGUGGUUGACGGGACGUUGUUGUAGCAGAUUGUUUCGUAAUUCGCAGUCAGAGGAAUGUUAUGACGUGCAGUAACUGUCUUUGUUUGAAUAACAUUCGUUUUAAACUUUAUUCGUAAAUCAUAGAAUAAUGUGAUAGAUAGAGCUCGAUAAUAUGCUAGCAAUCGCUUUCUUUGCGACACGAGUUUUUCCAAAGUAUGAUCGUUUCAAUAGAAGUUAUUAGUAUAGUUAGGCUUUGGUAUUGGUUAAGUUGUGUGAAUAUUGUGCCAAUAAUGAGAUAGUGGAGUGCUGUGAUGUGGUUGUGGGACAUGUGGGGGGUGCUGUGGGCCGUGGAAGCGGUGGCGCAACUGGCUGGUGUGCUGGCGACGCCACUGGAUCCCGCGCCAACAAUCCCGCAAGGGUUGUCACUGUCACCGUUCGUGCGGUACUGGCAACCGGCGGCAUACGCGCAUGUGGGCGGACAUCGGCUCCGGCGCGCCGCACUGCCGCCGCCCGAGCCCCCGCCACCACCUUUGCGACUCUCCUUCCACGCUCACAACAGGGAGUUCAAGUUGAUACUCAGACCGGACCCCAGCUCAGUAUUCGCAGACGGCGUGCAGUUCCAUUCCACAGCCGGACAAGUGGACUUUAACCCUGCUAAAGUUUACUCUGGGAAGCUGGAAGAUGAUGAAUUGUCUCACGUCUAUGGUGUCAUCACAGCAGAGGGUCUAUUCGAUGGAACAAUUUGGACCCCCACAGAAGAGUAUUAUGUGGAACCGAUAUCUCGAUAUAACAUAGACCAUCCCUCUAUGCACAGCGUUGUAUACAGAAGGUCAGAUGUCGAGCACCCACAUGAUACCAAUGAAGGAGCACCGUGCGCAUCACAUCUACUCCAUAUGAAAAGAACUUUAGGUCAAGAAGUUGAAUUAUUUAGUUCUGCCGAUCAACGAAACGUAAAAGACUCACCCCUAACCAAUUUUACUGAAGAUCUCCGAAGCGAAAUACAUAGACGAAAAAAACGAUGGCUCCCUGAAGAUGAAAUGCAAGAUGACGAGCCAAAGAAGAAUCCAGAAUUACCUUUAGACUUAGACUUUCCAUACACUAGCAACAAUGAGCCGGUUGAUAAGUUAAGCACUAGAAAACCUAAAACCAAAAUCGAUAAAAGUAACCUCAUAACUAAGGUGCGACUCGAUUCGGAAGAAUCGAGACCAAAGCCAAAGACGCACGUUGAAGUGAUAAAAACGAAAGCAGGAGUUGUAGCUGUUAAUAAGGAUAUAGUCAAAAAGGAGCCAGUAGGGUACACUGUGUUGUCGGCUAACGCGAGUGAUGACGGUCGACACGUGAACAAAAGGGCGACAGUAGAUCCGAGGAAAACCACGUGCCUAGUAUACUUGCAGGCCGAUCACAUGUUCUAUCAACGAUACGGCUCCGAGGAGGCGUGUAUCGAAGUCAUGACGCGACAUGUACAGAAAGUUAACGCAAUAUACAAAGUGACAGACUUCAAUCAGGAUGGAAAGCCAGACAACAUCACGUUUAUGAUCAAAAGAAUAAAGGUCCACACAUUAGACGCGUUGAAAGAUCCUGCUUAUAGGUUUCCAAACAACUACGGAGUAGAAAAAUAUUUGGAGCUUUUUUCAGAGGAAGAUUACGAUGCCUUCUGUUUGGCGUACAUGUUUACAUACCGAGAUUUUGAAAUGGGUACUCUUGGGCUGGCUUGGACAGGUGAUUUGAAAAAUGCCGGUGGAGUUUGCGAGAAAAAUGGGCAUUAUCGUGGUAGCAUGAAAUCGCUGAACACGGGUAUAGUGACGCUGCUAAACUACGGCAAGCACGUGCCGCCGGCUGUCAGCCACGUCACCCUCGCACACGAGAUCGGACACAACUUCGGAUCACCGCACGACCCUGAGGUAUGCACCCCCUUCGGCGAGGACGGCAACUACAUAAUGUUCGCGCGAGCAACUAGUGGCGAUAGAAAGAACAAUAACAAAUUCUCACCGUGCUCUCUCAGAGCUAUCGACCCAGUGCUCAACAACAAAGCCAGGUCACCUAAGGGAUGCUUUACUGAACCUCAGCCAGCGAUUUGUGGUAACGGCGUGGUGGAAGAAGGAGAAGAAUGCGACUGCGGAUGGGCGUCAGAGUGCACUGAUGUGUGCUGUCGCCCACAGGCUGCGAGGCCGCACUACAAGCCGUGUACUCUCACUGAACAUAGUGUGUGCAGUCCUAGUCAGGGUCCAUGCUGCACUGCAUCGUGUACGCUCAAGUUCGGCGAUAAGUGUCGGUCUGACAAUGGAUGUCGUGAUGCAGCCUUCUGUGACGGCAAACGUGCCAACUGUCCCGCCAGCCGACACAAGCCCAACAGGACGCGGUGCGAUAAGGAACUCGUCUGUUAUAUGGGAGAAUGCACGGGUUCCAUCUGCCUUGCGUACGGACUGGAAUCAUGCCAGUGUGCACCUCGCAAAGACGAUCCGAGGUCAGCGUGCGAGCUGUGCUGUCGCAAGCCGGGCGGCGUCUGUAUGUCAUCCUUCGAGUGGAACAUUGCGCCGUAUGAUGUGCCUGACAUGUAUGCGAAACCAGGAACGCCCUGCAACGAUUAUAACGGGUACUGCGACGUGUUCCAACGUUGCCGCGAGGUGGACCCGUCAGGUCCGCUGGCGACGCUGCGUAAGCUGCUGCUCUCGGACGAAAGUAUCGCCGGCUUCAAGCGGUGGGUGCUCAAGCACUGGUACGCGGUACUACUCAUAUUGCUCGCAGUCAUCGCGCUCUUGGUCGCAAGUACGCGUUUCUUAGGCCGCCACGGCAAAAAGCUGAAGUCUGUGACCAUCAUCCACUCCUCCACCACUGAAACCGUCCGCUUGCCUGACGCUGCUGACCAGGGACUGAUCGUUCAUACCGCUGUCAGGUCGAAACUACCUCUUAAGAAGAAAGUAGCCCUUCGAACCCGAGCUUACCGCAACAAGAAAGAUCACAAGAAGUCAGGAGAUAAAGCUUCUCCGAUGCACAGUGCCAAUAAGAAGAGGAAGCCGAAUAGCCAAGCAAAAUUAGAAGAUGUUCCUAAAGUAGCGAAAGAAAAUACAGUGAUUGUCACAAAUGCCGAAGGCAAAUCCCCAAAACAUGUCAUACUUUCCAAACACAAAGGUAAAGUAAAGAAACGAAAGUCCAAAAUGAAGAAAGAGAUCAUAGACUACAGCUCCAUGCAGAAACACCCCUCCUCGCCAAUCAAAGACACCGAAGCUUUGAGUAAGGUGCAAAGAUGGCUGCUAAGCUCACCACAGCCCACUGCAAUACCUAAAUCUAAAUCUAUACCUCUAGGUCUCACUGAGAGAACACACCGACAAAUACAGAAAGGUUCUAGAAAAACCAGACCGUCCAAGAGCGCCACGAACUUGCUGUCCGGUGAGAAAGCCAGACUGCAAGUCGUGUUCAAACCUCCAUUUAGGUUCAGUGUGAAAAUAUGUAAAAGUGAUAAAACAAAAGUCGUCCUAGACAAAUCGUCUAAGCCCGACGUGGACAGGAAACGACACGAAGUGGCGCCACAACAAGCUCCUGCAGACGUUGCGAAAGCCAGUCCAUCCAGUAAAGCACCUAAACCUUCUAACUCCAUGAGAAUAGCAGACACCGCUGCAGCCGCUAGUGCUCCAAAGUUAGAAAAGUUACAAAAUCAAGAAAACAAAACCCAUGAUUAUGCUAAUUUACUACCUCGAAGUGCCAGUGACUGUAAACUAACGAAAAAAAUGCCUGAUGUCAAAGUUAAUAAUGGACAUAAGAAAAGUAAUUCCGUAGGCCAAAAGAAAGAAACUACUGAAAGCCGCCAGAAUCUUAUAUCACAAGAAGAUGGUGAAAACGCUCACGUGUAUGAAAAUGUGGUAUUGUCACAAGACGCUUUCGUUCCUAAGAGUUGUAGCAUGCCACGACGACAAAACACAGCCGGUGUUGGCAUUGCUCGACAAAGCAGUUAUGGCCAUUUACCAAGAGCUCAAAUCCGCCCACAUAGACAUAGUACAAACAAUUUAAGCAGAUCCAGAAAUAGCAGCACCUCUGAGCUGGAACACUUCUAUAAUGUCAUCGAAUCGCUACGACGAAACAACGCCAACGAUGCGAACACUUGUAAUACGAAUACAAGCAGUUCAUCGGGAAGUAGCCGACACGACAGUGCGUUACUCAAACACAGUUCGAAUUCUAGACACGGAGGAAGCAAAACUUCACGUCAGAACAGUCUAGUCGAUAAGCCAGCACGGUCCAGUCCAACCGAGUCUUCAAAACUUAAGAGACAGCUUAGUGAAGCUGAGUUGGCCAAAUCACACGGAGACAGUGGCUUGAGGGGCUUCCAGCUGGUCGUAGGGAAAGAUAAGUUAAAACGACAGUUAAGUGAUAAUGAAUUGUGUAAAUCUCGAGUGCAAUUGGCAAUGCCAAUGUCGGCAGGGGCGGAGCCGCGGCAGGCGUUCUGCUGGAACAAGCGAGCCAGCCUCGACUGCGAGGCGUCGCUGCCAGCGGGACCCCGCGUCUCCAACUCUAGGAAUAAAAAACGAACGACUUACACUUUCGGUGAACUGAAAAACACCGUGCCUAACGCGACGGACACAUCGCCCCCUGAAGACGUCCACAUCUCCCCCGAGGAGUUUUUAAAAAUAAUUGAUAAUUAAGUAUUACUGGGGACUCAUAAGCGUAUUGUAACCAUAAGUGGUUAUUUAAAAUAUGAACAAACAGUUAACGUGUAUAUUAGAUACCUAUUUGCAAGAUGUACUAUUGUCGGCUGGUGUAAAUAUUGUAAUUUGCUUUUAAUAUUAGUACUAAUGUAACCUGCCACUGAAACAGACCAUUGCUCAGUUUGUCUCCGUCACCGAACAUAAACAUAUAGGUACAAUAAUGAGUACACACGUAAAUAAUAAUACUCUUCAGAACAAGAAGUACAUAUUUAAGUUAAUAUUUAGGGACAGUAUUUAAUACGCCAUUAACUAUUUGACUUUUAUUUCUAACUUUUGUAAUUUUAUUUAAGUAUGCGUAAUAUUUCGUAGACAUGGCGUAGCAGUACUUACAACUGGCAAUGAUCUAGUUUCACUGAACGAUCUCUAUAAAAUGAAUCUCUAUUUUUUCUACAUGCUAUGUAUUGUACAAAUUUACUCAAACCUAUGUAAAGUGUUCAUGUAAGAUUAUUUAAUUACUUUUAAAUACUUUACGUAAUUUCUUUGAUUAUUAUUUUAUAUCUACUUGUGUACAAAUUCUCUUUAUUUAUUUUUUUAUUCUUUUUAUAUAGCUGUCAAUUAGCAAGUCAAUCUGUCAACUUUAUAGUUAUACCUAUUUAGGGAAAUUUGCCUGUACCCACACCAUAAUAUUAUUAAUCAAGGAUACAAAUUAAUUAUAAUUUAUUAAUCAAGGCUGACAUAGGGUUCUAUGUGCUUAACAUUUGCGAUACUAUUCAAAACCGUCGCCAAUUAUUGCCUCAGUGAACUAAAUUAAAAUCCUUACCCAUAAUAAUUAUUCAGACAGUUAGACAUGUUAUUCGAUUUUCUUCACCUGAACGUAAUAGAAUCCUAUGAAAACCUAUGUAUAAAACAAUAAAACGAACGUAAAAUGAUUUAAUUAAUAAAAAUAUUUUUCUAUACGUAUUGGAUUUAAUGGAACUAAUUACUAACAGACUCGUACGUAAGCGAACUCAUGGCUGUAACUUUCUUUACACUUUUUGUUCUGCAAUAUCUGGGAUGGAAUGUAAUUUUGUUAAUUCAUGUAUUAGUAUGACAAUAUUGUAGUGCAUAAUGUAAGUAAUUAUAAUAACUCUUUGAAAUAUUGUAAUUGUAUAAUGCUGUCUAGUUGUUAGGUACAAAAUUGAUUUUUUUUUAAGUUCCCGCCUAAAUUAGGUGUUGUGAUAAAUUAAUUUUGUCUAUGAUUAUUUUAUCCAAAGAAUGUUGCAUGUGUUAAAUAAUAUUAUUAUGAAAUAAUAGGUCUGAAUAUUGCCAUAUUAUUUAACCGAAACUUAAUCAUAAAUAGUUGCAAUAAUUAGUGAAUCAACAUUUGUUUGAAAAGAGAGAUUAUGAAGACUUCUUUUCUAUCCACUGAUUUGCAUUCACUAUUUUAUUUAGCUAUUAUAUUACAACGACUUAUCAGGUAGAUUUCAUAUGUGACCCAGCAAAACCAUUAUUAAAAAAGACAUGUACUUUAUUAUAUUUGGUGCAGAAGACGUGCAUAUAUCGUGUAUAUAUGAUAGACGGUUUUGUUUCUAUCUCAGAUAUUAAUCAAAAUGUGUUCCAGUAUUUUCGUGAGUCGUGCGAAAGCUUUGCGGCUGUGGCACAGCGUUUAUGAGCUUCGACGUAGGGAAGUAAGGGUAAAACGUAAAAGCUAUUGUAUUGUAUAGGAACUGAUUUCUAAGAAGAUCCUAAGGUAUUGGAAAUGUUACAAAUUUGUAUUUUAUAAAAAUACUAAUGUGGAUAAUGUGAAGAUAGGAUAGGCAACUGGCCACAUCUGCUGGGUUAUUACCUGAAGCUUACGCCUAUAUAUUCGCAGUUAUCCUAUAAGAAUCUAUUCGUCUUGAAUGAGUUUGUUUUAUCUUGUCUAAGUCUAUUAACUCUUCCUUAGUAAAAAGUUCGAUUUAAGUACAUGUUAAUUGUGAAUUUGAUAUUAUAUAAUUAAAUGUGACUAGAAUCUAUACUUCUAUUUAAUGGUUUUAUAGUUGGUAAACUUUCCAUAAUGACAAAUUUUAUUCUAAUUAACUAUCUUUACUUUACUUAAAAUACAGAACUUUGUGAUGUUAUCUGAUAUUUACGCAUCUGACUACAAUCUCACUGUAUUUGUUCCAAGUGCCUUAUGAACAAAUCAUUACAUUCCUAGUUACAUUCCACAAGCCUAUUCUAUUUUUUUUAUUUGAUUUUCCAGUGUGUUAUGCUGAUUGUUUUAUUACUUACCUAUUUAAUAUAAUGAUCUGAUUGUAACAAAAGUGGCAAAGUUGUAAUAAGAAUCAUAAUACCUAAUACAAUUAAAAUUGUUUGAGUACUUAAUUAGUCUGUGAUGUACCUACGUUUAUUACAAUCUAUCUUAUCUUAAUCUCUGACUGUACCUAUGUUAUAAUAUUCCAAACUAUUACUUUAGGAUAAUUUCCUAUUUACCGUGAGCAUUAUUAAAAAUAUCCAUUAUGAAUACAAAUUUGUAAUAAAUUCAUUUUCUAACAUUUACUAUUUUUUUCUGCAUUUUUAAUGGAUUAAAAAGACUCCAACAA